AUGAAUAAAGAAAUAGAAAAAAAAGCUAAAGCUGUAACUGCUAAACAGAUAACUGACAUUGAGGCUGAAACAAGCAUAGAGGAAGAAUUGUCCUCAGCAGGAAAAAGCAAAAUUAGGUAUUUGACUGGAGCCUGUGUCCAAAAAAUUACUAAACGUUUAAAAGAGUCUGUAUUAAGAAAAAUGGGUCAGAGCACCAAAAAAAGCAAGCUGGCUAUGAGGAUGGACUAUAAAAAACAGUGUUUGCUGAAGCAGUUUCGCAUUAGUGAAUUAGAUGUUGCUGACAAUGAUGAAAGUAUGGUUGAAAUUGAUUUUAAGCAAGGACCAUCGAGGGGUUUAACAAUACCAAAUGACAGUGUAUUUAACUUUUUCCUGUCUUUACAUAGUGUAUUACAACAUAAAUUAAGUCUGAAACAAAUGCAUUUAUAUUUGGAAGACUUGCAUAACCAUUGUAGGAAUGCUGUUGAUAAUGAUGAUGUAAUAAUUGGCAAAUGGAUUUCAUUAUUUGAUAUUCAGGAUGAUGGUAAAAUUGAAGAUGAACUAUUUUUAACACUUAUUAUGGAAUUAUAUCGGGAUGUAACUGAACAUUUUAUUAGAAUUUCUUUUGUUGAUUCUUUAAAAUAUUUCAAAAGAACCAUUCCAAGGGAAAAAAAACAGGCAUUAAGGACAAAAAUACAAGCCUUGGGCGAUAGGCAAACCCCUUCUACUUCGAAGGUUGUUAGUCCUAAAAGGAAGAAUAAAUGUAGUAAAGAUGAUGAACACUUAUCUCUUUCAAAAAAGAAAAACUUGGCACAUGAAUGGUCUGAAAGUGAAAUAUAUAUUUGUUCCUUAUGUAUGUUGGAAUGCGAUUGGGAACCAGCAGAAAUGCAAUUUGAAAGUAUUGCAUGUGACAAAUGCAACUGCUGGUUCCAUUACAAAUGUGUAAAUAUCAAAGGAACAGAGAAAUUUUUGAAGAAAGACCAGAAUAAUUGGUUCUGUCCUAAUUGCAGCAGAAAAGGUAAAGGAAAGGGAAAAGGUCGUGGUAGAGGAAAAUCCACUUGA